AUGAGUAAGAGUCUAAAGCCGGCUGAUCGAUACUCCCUAGUUGAGACCACACCUUUAGAAAUGAAAGGAGUCAAGGGUGGCGAAUUGGAUUGUCCAAGGAGAGGUGGACCGCUUUGGGAAAAUCGCAAAACUCAUGCGAGCAGAACGAAGCUUCGGAAGUUUGGCCGCGCGAGGAGUUCCCGACGUCCAAAAGUCACGAUCUUGAUAUGGAAAGAUAGAUACUUGAGUCAUGCAUCACGUCGAAGUGGAAUGAAGCCAUUUGGAUCAACCAUGAGGCCGGAACUUAUUUUCUACCGAGACAUGUCCGGUAAGCGAGCAAACGAAGCCCAUGGAGGAUUUGGAGUGUCUAAUGGCCCGAGCAGCAGCGCCAAAGGCCUUGAUCGAAUAGAGAAGAGGCCUGGCUAA